AUUCAAACAGAAGAUCAAGAAAUGCAAAUAGUUCUUCUCCAACAAAAGACAUUAAACCAGAAAAACCAAGAACAUCCAGGAGACAUUCUACUACAGAAAAUGGCACUCAUGAUUCUACAAACAAAGAACCUGGAACCAAAUCCAGGAGUUCCAGGCGACAUCAUAACAAAGAAACAACAUCCGAUGGUCAUAAAUCGAGUGAAUCUUCAGCUAAAAACCAGCCCGAUAUCCCCAAAAAAUCGCGACGAAAGAAGUCGAAGGAGGAUGGUUCAGCCUCUGGCUCGACUCGACCAUCAAGAUCUAAAUGCACUUCUUCUAGUACAACACAAACUACAGAUUCAUGUCCUGGACAGGAAAGGGAGAGUGAGAGUAGUGAAAUUUCUAAAGAAAAACAAGAGGAGUGA